AUGCCCUUUCCAUUUAGAUAUAUAUGCAAUUUACUCCAGCAACUUGACGACGAGACUCGUCAAGAUGACAACAACAAAGUUUCUGCAAAAGCCAUAAUUGAAACAUGGUUUAGGACACAUCGCUCGCAUCUAGAUGCGCAUGGAACCGAUGCAUGCGCUAUACUGUCUACUUUACUCCCAGAGAGAAGAACGGACAGAGUUUACUUCAUUCAGGCCUUGAAACUUGAAGGCAUAUUUGCCAAGGCCCUUAUUCUAGGAAAUUCCCGAGUUCUAGAAUUACGAAGAUAUAAGAGUCCCGGGCUAGGUGUAGAUCUCGCAGACUGUAUCGAAGGCAUCUUGACACGUACACCCAACCCCUCGCAUGCCAACAAUGAGCUUACAGUGGAAGAAAUUGACGAGACCCUAAGUCAUAUUGCGGCUGCCUGCAGAUUCAGCUCACCUGCAGUUAGGGCCUUACACAAGACUUCGAAUGCAAGGGAUCAAGAUAAAUCCUUAAUGAACAUCUACAGACGACUCAGUCCGCGAGAUGCAAAAUGGUUUACGAGAUUGGUGUUGAAGAAUUACCAACCGGUUAUCAUGGAUGAGCGGGUUGUCUUCCGUUGCUACCAUCCCCUAUUGCCCCAGAUGAUGAAGGUUAGGGAUGAUUUUACGAAGGCUACCGAGUUUCUACGGCAUAUUAGCCAAUCACCACUAAACCAAUGUAAUAUUGCAGAUAUUCUGAAGCCAGCCAUUGGAACAAAAGUUGGGCGUCAAGCAUGGUUCAAGGGAAGAAGUAUUAAACAUUGCCUCGAUAUGGGCAGAUCGCGAGAAAUGAGUUGCGAACAGAAAAUUGAUGGAGAAUAUUGUCAAAUACACAUUAAUCUCCGUAAACCUCAUUCCCCUAUCCAAAUAUUCUCCAAGAGCGGCAAAGACAGUACUCGGGAUCGACUUGGCCUUCAUCAAGUUAUACGAGACUCGCUCAAACUGGGCGAUGCGGACUGUCCGCUCACAGCUGGAUGUAUUCUCGAGGGGGAGUUGGUAGUGUACAGUAAUAAGGAGAAUAAAAUCUUACCAUUCCACAAAAUUCGCAAGCAUGUUUCGCGUUCCGGUUCUUUCCUAGGAACUAAUUUCGACUCGCAGCCACACGAUUAUGAGCACCUAAUGAUUGUAUAUUAUGACUUAUUAAUGAUCGAUGAUAAGUCAUUACUGGGUGUUCGACAAUCCGAACGUUUCAAGCGUUUGGGUGAGCUCAUAACUUGCCGGAAAGGUUGUGUUGAAUUGGUGCAGCGUGAGGUCAUAUCUUUCUCUCAGCCGUCUGCUGCAUCAAAGCUGCGCGAGGCCUUCGCAAAAUGUAUUGUUUCUCGCAAUGAGGGUCUUGUUUUGAAACCGGAUGAAUCCUACUUCGACUUCAGAAUAAAUCCAAAGCCAUAUACCUGCAACAUCAAGCUGAAAAAGGAAUACGUUCAGGGCUGGGGCGAUGUAGGAGACUUUGCCGUCGUUGGCGCUUCUUAUGACGCGGCUAAGGCAAGAGAGUAUAGGAAAUCCAAUGUUAACUGGACUCAUUUUUUCAUUGGAUGUCUAGAAAACAAGGAAAAGGCACGGGCAAGGAUAGAGAAGCCUCAAUUUGUUGUCACUAACAUAGUUGAAGUUUCUGAAGCUCUUCUAUCGACUGUCAUACACCAAUGUUUUCCUUCUCCGGUUCCUUUCAGCCAAAACGAAGCCAUAGUCCUGGAAUUUAGGGGUGGCGAAAUAGACAAGCGGCCGACGGAUGUUUUCUCAGAUCCGUUGGUGUUUGACAUGCGCUGCUUUUCAUUCGAUAAAGAGCCAAAUACAAACUUUUGGAGUAUGAGAUUUCCAGCAGUCUCCAAAAUCCACCACGAUAGAUCCUAUUUGGACACGAUCUCUUUUUCUGAACUUCAAGAGAUUGCAUCGAAUGCCACUACAAUGCCAGAAGUUGAAGAUAGUCAAGAGAUGCGCGAAUGGAUAGCAGCGCUGGAGAGGGCGGACCCACGUGGUGUAGCCGUCGAUGCUACAACCCAACAAAGCACCUCGUCCGAAGGGACAUCCCCCAAUAACAACCAUCUGGAGGAAGUGGCCCGACACAGCCCAUCAGCAGGAGUCGCCAACAAAACGCAUCUUCGAGAACAGUCUAUUAUGUCUUGUCCUGGCACGGCAGUCCUGGCCCAAGACUCACCAAAGCCUCCAAAGUUACCAAUUGGUGAAAACUACGCAACCAAGCCAGAACGUCAGAAACGACCAGCUCCUGAUACGGUAAGGGCAGUUCAAAAGUUACGAAAACUUUCCCAUCCAACUUCUAUACCAUCAAAUCCAACAGCCAUGUCUACUAGCCUACCACCUAGUCCAGUACGGACAAGGCAACCACUUGGCCAGAUUGAUGAUAAUUCACAAUCUCAACAAGCCCAAGAACCAAUGCCAAACUCAUCAGCGUUUGAGAUUGCGUCAUCACCAACUGAUAAUGUCCAUGACAGGGCUACUCCUUCUCAUAUGACACCUCAUGUUACCCGUCCAUCGCCGAGUUCCGUAGAGGAAGAUGGGUCGAAACAACAUAUGGCUUCCAAGGGUUGUUCAUUAGCGGGAAAGAAAUGCGCAUUCGAGAAUUUUUCCAUUCUAUUGUCACCGUGCAUUGCUAAAUACCCGUGGGUCACAGAAAAUCUACUGGGGGAACAUGGCGUCCACGAUUUUAUAACAGACCCCCAGUCAUGGAACCAGCUAGCUAUGCCUAAAAGUUCGGCGUCCAAGUGGGAUGCCUCAUCACAACAGAUGAGGAAAGUACGGGUAAGAAAGAUCUGCCUUGUCGAGUCGAGGCGCCAGGAUGCUACAAAAGCAUUCUAUGGGAAGAUAGAAGCAGCCGGCUUGAAGAAGAAGAACGGAGAACGCGGGUGGGUGGGUGUUUACGAUUGGCGACUUCUGGAAGAUAUAUCAGAUCUAGAAUCCGGAAUAACUAGAGUAGAAGGGAGAGAUCCGUGGAGAAAACAUUACGUUGGAAUCGCAUAG